AUGUGUGUGUCGAGAUGUCUGCUGUGUGUCGGCAUGUCUCUGGUUCCCAUGGCGAUAGUUUGCAUGGUGUCUAACAUCCUUCUGCUGAUUCCUGAACUUAACAUCCACUUCCUGUUGGAGGGUCACGUGACUAGAGAGGCCACCUGGGCCACAGGCCUGUGGGGGUCAGGCUUCCUGGUUUUACUGGGAGCUCGAGUGUUUGUUCAGAGCAGUAGAACCAGAGGCUGCUGUGCUUUCAGGAGUCAGAUGUUGUCACAUGUGGCGUACUCCUGUGUGUGUCUGCUGGCUGCUGGUAGCUGUUGUUUGGUCAGUGCCACUGGUCUUGUUCAGGGCCCCCUUUGUCUCUACAACACCACCACUGGUACAACCUGGGGGGUCCCACUGAAACCCUUGGCUGACAGUCACUCAGGGUAUCUGUACAACAGGACUCUGUGGUCUGGAGUAUGUCUGCAGCCACGAGCUGUAGUUGAAUGGAAUGUAGUUCUGUUCAGUGUGAUGGGAGGCACCAGUGCUCUGCAGACUUUCCUCUGUGCAGCCAACAUCCUCAACUCACUGCUGGGACUGAUCGUUGGUCAAGGAUUCUGCCACAACAAGGUCAGUCCAGUCUAAGUUUAACACACCGAGGAUGGAUCCUGAAUCAGCUGUGACAGAAACUUCAUAAAAUCUUUUUUUUGGCGGGUUCCUCUGAGGGUCUAAUUAUUAAAGCUGAAACGUUUCAGUUUAAAAAGCACUGAUGCACUUUAAACAAUAACUUUAAAAAUUCCUGGAGAAAUUUUGAAUGUGCCUGAUGCUUGGUGUGUGUACUUCACUCCUCUCGUUUCAAUCUGUACAAAGGACGUUACUUUCAGUUUCAUUCAUGUCGUAGAGACUCAUCCUGACACUGACCUCAGUCACUGCAGGUGUCCCUCACUAAGCCUUUUGAGCCUGUCACGACUGGCCACAAUAACCUCACACUGAUGGUUUCACAACCAAAUUUGUCCCCACAACCAAAGCAAGACAUCUAUACACACAUGUACAUGACCCAACAGAAGUUGAUCUGCAAUAAAGCUGUACCACUAUAUCCCCAUACAGCUCCCAGGUGAGAACAGCAACAAACUCAACCAGUUAGGUUGUUCAAUUUAUUAUGAAAAUAGUUUUAGACAGUUGUUGAUUCAUAAGAUCACUGUGGAGGCUGUAGUAUAUAAUACAUUAUACAGAGGUGUUUCUGUGAUUUAGCCUGGGUGUGUAAUUAGCCAAUAAGAAUCAGCUUUGUCCAUAUCUGCUCGGGUACUGUGUUAGUAGCACCUGCUGAGACCUUUGUGUGUGUGUGUGUGUGUGUGUAUGUGUGUGUGUGUGUGUGUG